UGGUCAUGGCACUCCCAGAUCCGGGAGCUGUUAGAACAGCUUGCAUAUUUUUUAUGGUAGGUCAAGGCUGAGUUCUUGUCAACAUCCUCAAGACAAGACAAGUUUAUUUGUAUAGCACAUUUCAUGUACAAGACACUUCAAAGUGAAUUAUAUAAUCAUGAGAUAAUCAUCUGCUGCUCUGUUAACUUUCACUUUUGAUUGCUACUGUAUAAAUUCUAACUGGCUUUCAUUUUCAUACCAGUCUGAAACAUUCACUGCUUUGGGACACACAGAUAUCCAGCACCUGGGAUAUAAAGAUGGGGAACAAACAGAGCAAAAUACCAGACAAGGACUAUGUUAUAACAGAAGAACGGGAAAACUUCAUUCUGGCCAAAAAGGGUGAAGAAACAUUUUUGGUUAAGAAAAUCCUACAAACACAGAGUCAAGACAUAGAAGUCCUCAAAACAACAAGCCAUCCACAUAUUGUGGACUGCAAGAACUCUUUCACUGAUAAAACAGAAAACAUGUACUAUGUAGUGAUGGAGUACUGUCAGGGAGGAAACCUUGCAAAAGAGAUCCAAGAAAUGGAAGAACCUCCACAAGAAUCUGAGGUACUUAGCAGGAUGGCUGAGAUCUGCAUUGCUCUGCGAACUAUUCAUGACAAAGGUUUGCUUCACAAAGAUCUGACACCAGAGAACAUUUUCCUCACAGAGUUUGGAAUAGUGCGCUUGGGUGGAUUUGAGGCUUUCCAUCAAAAAAGGAAAAACACAUCAAAUGCAGAUUCAAAACAAAACUUAAAUUAUUUGGCACCUGAAGUCUUCACAGUUGGGACCUAUGAUUCAAAAAGUGACAUCUGGUCAGUGGGGUGCAUACUUUUUGAGCUUUGUACCACAAAGUCAGCGUUCUCUGCAGAGACUGCAGUCACACUUAUACCUAAAAUAAUUAGUGGUGCUUACCCAGCUCUCCCAGAACACUUCUCACCAGCUCUUUGUGAACUUUUGAAUGAUAUACUGCAAAAGGAUCCUGAACCAAGACCAACAGCCAGUGAGAUCUUGGCACAUCCGAUUUUUAUUAGUUGCCUCAAAGAAAAGUGUAAAACAACCGUGGAGGAUCUCUACACCAAGCUGAACAAUCUGAGGACCCUGGCUGAUGGUUUGGAGAAUGUUCAUGAGGGUACCACCAUUGGCAGUCUGACGGGAGGAGUAAUUGGAGCAGUGGGUGGGAUUACAUCCAUAGUGGGGCUUAUACUGGCCCCUUUCACUUUGGGAGCCUCUCUUAUUGUCACUGGAGUUGGUGUGGGAGUAGGUGCACUUGGUGGAGUCACUGCUGGUGCCUCCAACAUCACUAAUAUGGUCAACCAGUCCUCUGAUCGUAAAGCUGUUCACAAUCUCAUUAAAGAGUUUGAACAGAAGAUUAAUGCAGUUGUCAUCUGGCUCCGGGAGAUUAGUGACAGUUUACAAACCCUCAGUAACCAAUGUCCACAAGCAAGUGACACUGAUGGCAACUUCAACACAGAAAACCUAACCAGACUUGGCUUUAGGGCAGGAAAGGGCAUAGGUGGCAUUGCCGAACUCGUGCGACUAGCUCAAGUGGUAAACAUUGGCAAGAUUGCUGCACAAGCAUCCAGGACAGUGCGUGUUGCAGAGGUAGCAACAGGUGUGCUUUCUGGUUUAUUCAUAGCGGUAGAUAUCUUUUUUAUUGCCAUGGAUGCAAAAGAGAUACACAACAUAAAACAAGCCAGGGCAGCAGAUCAGGGACUUGAAGAAUCAGAGCCACCGGACAAGCUUCCACUACAAAAACCUGAAGUCAAAUCUGAGAUCAUGAGAUUUGUUAAUUCAGUCAGGGAGGCAGCUGACAACCUCAAAGAAGUGUUGGAUGAGCUAGAGGACAUGAUCUCAUCCAUCCCCUCAGUUCAGGCAGAAAACGAGCUAGAAUGGCAGAAUAUGGAACUAAUGUAACACAAAAGUUGGAUUCAGUCAACUAGAUCAUGGAAUUCAUGAUUAUUUGUCCUGGGGUAAUUUUCUAUGCAGUAAAUUACCUGCAUUAUUUUAUGGUUUGUUUAAGUAUGCUACAGCUUAUUGGGGUUUUCAUUAUGAUCAGAAGUGCUGCUGACUUGAACUUUUACAUCACAGACAUUAAUGCAGCAAUGAUGGUGUGGGACAUUUGGAUUUUAGUUUAAAUUCUAACAAGCCGGAUGGUAUAUCAAAACAGAAGCUUUUUACUUGAACUAUUCAAUUUUAAUUUUCAGGUUUAACUUCUUCUACAUAAUGUUCUAAUUAUGAAUUGUGUUAUGAUAAUUUUGAGCUUGCAAAUAUGGCCAUCAGUGAUGAUUUUAUUCAAGGUAAUAUCUAGAUGGGGAUGUGGAAUAUUUCUUUUUGUAAGGGUAGACGAUGUACUAUUUUGUGUUGAUUCAAGGAGUUUUCUGCAGUAUAAAUUAGGUUUGAAACCUGUCAUGUAAUGGGACUCCAUAAAAAAUAAAUCAUUAUUAGUUUCUCAUGUGCACAAGAAAGUUUUUCAUGCUAUUUUUCUAUCAAAAAGCAUUUUUGGUGCUGAGUUAGACCACAGAAGCUUUAUAAUUCCCUCGAAGCACAAGCAGACACAAGUGGCUUUCUGGUAACUGGUUUAUUUGAAGACUUCUCCAAUUUCACCGUGAAAACUGAUCAAAAAUAUUAAAAGAAAAUAAAAGAAGAUACAGUGUCAGUUUGACAUAAAAAUAACAUGCACAGCUUGCAAAUACCCUUUUGCUAAAGUGAAAUACAAAUUAAACAAACAAAUACCUCAUUGGCUGCAUGCUCCUUGCAAGGGAAUUUUCAGUCUUCGGGAAAUAUCAAAAUCAUUUACAUCCUGCAGCAUAUCUCUCUUACCAUUACAGUGCUUGCUAGUUGUUUAUCUUUUACUUUAAUGAGAGCAGCUCAACCGGAUAUAACUUGGGGGGUGUCAAAAUAAAAGCACAAAUACUUUACUCUUCUGUUACAUAAUAAAUUAAACUUGAAAUUCUUAAUUAUUUACUUGUUGCAAAAAAGAAACACAAACAUACAAUAUUGGAAAUAAAAUAAGUAUUUUAGACAAAAUGACUGUCACAGUUAUAAGCUUAAAAGAUUAGACCACAAAUGGUAUAAGCUUUAAAAAAAAAAAAAAGAAAAUU